UGCAUUACAUUCCCUCCCCCCGCGAAAAAACAAAUAAAUAAAACCCAUUUCCUAUAUAAACUCCAUCCUAUUAGCCUGUCUCUCUUGAGACACGGAAUCUUAAAUUAUCAUACCAUGGCUUCCUCCUUAAAACAGCCUCCCAAAACCACCGUAGAAAGCGGCGGCUGCUCCGCCACGAUCUCCACCGUCCACCAAGACAUACUCCAAACACACAUCUUAACACGGCUAGACGGUCCCGCCUUAGCCUCCACCUCUUGUACAUCAACAGAGCUCAACUCUCUCUCUUCGCAACGAAGUCUCUGGUCCAACCUUUGUUCCUCCACGUGGCCUUCUACUAACUCGCCACGUGUCCGGGAAAUCAUCUCCUCCUUUCCCGGCGGCCCUCGCUCCUUCUUCUCCUCGUGCUUCCCUCUUAUAAUCCACUCUAACUCUAUCAAUCCCAGCACGGCAUCGUUUCCGUCAGAAAUAAUCUCAGCCGUUGAUAUUCACUACAAAAACGAACUCAUUUUUAGUAGAGUCGUGGAGACAGAGACUGAAUCAAGCUGGUUUAAGUGUUCGCCUUUUAGAAUUGACAUGCUUGACCCUAAGGACACGUGUCAGACGGUGAUUCCACGUCCUCAGAAUGAGGAAGAUCAUUUUGCACUAGCUGAUGAGUUAACGCUGACAUGGAUUUUGAUUGAUCCAGCUGGAAAAAGAGCCAUGAAUUUAUCAAGCUAUAAAACGGUAUCGGUCCAAAGGCAUUGGUUGAGCGGUGAAGUGCACGCGCGGUUCGGUUUGGUUUUGGGUGGAGAGAGAAGAGGAGGAGGAGGAUCAUCGUCGUCGUUGCAGAUUGUGCAGUGUGUAAUAUUAGUCACGUGCGGUGGAGGGACUCAAGGGGGAGGGAUGCACGUGAGGGAAGUGAGUUUGCAAAUUGAGGAUAUGGAUGGAAUGUUUUUGAAUGGGAAGGAAAGUUUGGGAAUUUUGCACUGUUCAUUUGAGGGUAAAAAGGGGAUUAAAGGAAGAAUGGGGGAGGAAGGAAAGAGAAUGCACGAGAGGUUUUUGGAAAUGAAAAGAGAAAGGAAAGAGAGAAAAUUAAGAACUGAAGGCACUUUAGAUAUUCUUUGCGUUACUUUUGGGGUCUUAGUCUUUGCUUCUCUUGCUUUACUUGUUUUCUUAAAAUAAAAUUGAAUUUGAUUUUUUUUUUUUUUUUUUUGGUAAAUUUUCCCCAAGUAUAGGAAUAAAAGAAUUGUAUUUAUAAUUACUUUAUAAAAAACUCACAAAUAUGACAAGUCUUAAAUUUGUCUUUUCCUUGUACAUUCUUCUUAGAAUAUUUUGGAUAUCUUUUUUCCAGAAAAUAUAAAAUUGGUGAUGAUUUUCUAAGUAUACUCUUCUAUGUCAAGUGUUACUUGUACAUGGUUCUCUAUAUCCUAUCCAUUUGUGCUCAUCAAGUUAAAUAAUCGAAAAUACCUUGUGAGGUUAAUAUGUUUUAUAGGUUUACUUUACAUGGGUAACAAAAUUUUGCUAUAUACUUUGUCUCUGUUCAUAUGAACUACUGUAAUCUCUAUCUACAACAAUCUUUGGCAAAGUGUAGUUAAUACAAUUUUGUUGGGAGACCGGCAUCAACUAGAGCUGAAACUAUAUAUGAUUUGAGAAUGGAAAAUGAUUAAGAAGAAAGAAAGAGGUAGAGGGCAGAAUAUCCUGAUUGAAAGAAAAGGAUUAGGUUAGGCAUGCAUGAAAGCAUUGAUUUAUGGGAAUUUUCAGGUUGGACACAGCAAAUACAAGAAAAAAAGGGUUUAUUGUCAGGUAAAGAACCUAAAGCAGACAACUUUUGCAGCAUCAAAGAAAGAAUGUGACUGGAGGAGGUCUAAUCAGUCAUGAGGAAUUUAUGAGUAACUUGCACGAAUGUCUUGCAGUACAAACGAACAGAAAGGUUGUUGAUUCACGAGGGAAGACAAAUUAACUAACGGGUUUUUUUUCACUUAGUAUAUGCACCAAAAUAGUGUGAAUUCUCCUUCUUUUUCUUUUUCUUUUUUUCUCUCUUUAUCUCUUUCUCUCUCUCUCUCUCUCUUUAGGCUAUUGAAUUCAUUUCUCUUCUAUCUUAUUAUGUUAACACAGUAAUGCAAGAUGACUUAUUUUAA